UUAUGAGAUCUUAUCAGAUGCGACAGUAGAUAAACCAAAUCAGGACCGUUGAUCUAUACGAGUCACUGACUUUCAAAUGUGUACUGAUCUGUACUGUAGAAAGUCCUUAACUCAUACCACCAUCUAGUUCUUCAGGGCUUUUAAUUGAGAUACCCUCAAUGCUGACAAUAUACAUAGAUCAAACAUCAGGCGUCGACGCGUCCGGCAAUGGGUCCGUUGAUCAACCUUAUCAGUCCCUUGCCUUCGCCCUCUUCUCGACGCCCACCGCCGACGCCGAAACGACACAAUACCAAAUCCGUAAGGACGCAGAUGCAGCAUACGAUGCACCAACUCAGUCUGCGAUGAAAAAGGCCAAAAAGGACGCCCAGGGACUUGAGAAGAAACGGCUGAAAGCACAAGCGGAAGAGAGAGAAUCAAAAGAGAAGGCAGAGAAACGCGAACGAAGGCUUGAGGAAAGCAAAAAGAUCGUGCUUACUGAAGAUCCAUCUCUCCCAAAACCUGUCAAGUCCAAGAUCGUAAAAUUGGAGUCCCAUCGCGAGCAGCGCGUCCGGGUAUCCGGUUGGGUCCACAGACGGCGCGACCAGCAAGAAAUCACGUUUGUUGUCCUGCGGGACGGGACAGGAUAUCUACAGGCUGUUCUUACUGGCAACGCGAACAAAACAUACGAUGCUGUAACGUUACAGCUAGAGGCAUCAGUUGAGCUGACCGGUAUGCUGAAGGCGGUCCCUGAAGGCCAGCGCGCCCCUGGAGGACACGAACUAGUCGUUGACUACUGGCGCGUACUUGGUGCCGCUCCUGGUGCUGAGGAAGCAUUUACUAACAGACUCAACGAGCAAUCUGAUCCAUCGAUUCUGGCUGAUCUCCGGCAUCUCGUUCUCCGUGGCGAGACCGCUUCUUCUGUGCUUCGCCUACGUGCGGCCCUUCUCUCAGCUUUCCGUCAGUCGUAUGCAGACAACGACCUUUUGGAGGUAACACCGCCCUGUUUGGUACAAACCCAAGUGGAGGGUGGCGCAACGCUCUUCAAGUUUGAUUACUACGGUCAACCAGCCUUCCUCACGCAGAGCUCCCAGCUUUAUCUUGAAACAUGUCUACCUUCCCUGGGCGACGUAUUCUGUGUCCAGGAGAGCUUCCGUGCCGAAAACAGUCACACUCGCCGACAUCUGAGCGAGUACACGCACCUUGAAGCCGAGCUUGCAUUCAUCACAUUUGAUGACCUCAUGACACACAUAGAAGCCAUUAUCUGCGAGACGGUCGAUAAGCUCCUCGUCAACCCUGCCACCGCAGCCCUUAUCAAAACCCUGAACCCUCACUUUAAAGCGCCUUCUCGACCAUUCAUGCGUAUGUCCUACGCGUCCGCCAUCGCAUGGCUCAACGAGCACAAGAUCCAACGCCCGGCUGAGGACGCCGACGGCAACGUGAUCACCAAGAAAGAUGAGGAGACUGGUAAAGACGAGCCCGUGAUGGUCGACCAUGAAAUCGGCGACGACAUUGCGGAGGCUGCGGAGAGGCAGAUGACGGAUAUCAUUGCGGCGCCAAUAUUUUUGUAUGGCUUCCCAGCGGAGCUGAAGGCAUUCUACAUGCAAAAGAUGCCAAGGAAAGAGGGAGAGCAGGGCCCUGUAUACACAGAGAGCUGUGACCUUUUAAUGCCUGGUGUUGGGGAAAUUGUUGGUGGAUCGAUGAGGAUAGCGGAUAUGGAAGAGCUACUGGCAGCGUACAAGCGCGAUGGCAUCGACCCUGCCCCUUAUUACUGGUUCACUGACCAACGCAAAUAUGGUACUUGCCAGCAUGGAGGGUACGGACUGGGUGUCGAGCGUUUGCUUGCAUGGCUGGCCAACCGAUUCACCGUGAGGGAAUGCUCGCUGUAUCCACGAUGGCCCGGUCGUGCAACACCUUAGGUUUGAUUCGGCCCUCGAUGUUUGGCAGUAUCGUGAAUAGAAUGUAUGGGUUGUGUAUAAUAGAUUCGAGCCGUUUGAUGUCUAUCUACCCCCUAUCCAAAGACGAGCAGAUGCCAGUGGAGACAAACCAUUAAUAACAUGCAUCCGAGUAUGUGACGAUACACCUACAAAGGCUCUUGUUUUCUAAAAGUGCAUUUGCUUGGGCAUCAACCAUGCUGUCCAUGACCUGCUCAAUUCGUGUAGUAAUAUUAAUUGGCCAUCCAUUGCCUUACUAUUGAGCCGGGCAUCAACUUGGCGAGUCAACAUAAGCCUUGGGGUAUUCGCGGUCUGAGUAUCAACUCUGAAUUCUCCGGCAGACCCUGAGGACUCAAAAAUGCAUGUG